GAUUCGUUGGGUUCAUUUCCUUUUCUAUUUAUAUAUACGUAGUGAGUUGUUCUUCUCGGUAACCGCUCCAUUGAAGCGCCUCUGCUCGAAAUUCUACAGUUGUUUAAAAGCUCCGCGAUUCUUUCUGUUGUUCGUUGCUGUUUUCUGUAGAAACGCUUUGUGGUUUUUCGAUGGCGGUGAAGACCGGUGGAUUUGCUGGAAAUGCUUUUCCCGAGGAAUUGCAGCAAUUGUUGUUGUCGCUUGCCUCGAAUUGGGGAGAUGUGAUUGAUUUAAGCGCUCUGGAUGUUGAUCAUCUGAGCGGUGCUAUGACGAAUGAAGUGUAUAGGAUUAGUUGGUCUAAAGAGGCCGAAAAUGAUCAACGGAUUGUUUUGGUUCGUAUGUAUGGCGAUGGUGUGGACUUGUUUUUCAACAGAGAUGAGGAGAUUCGGACUUUCGAUUGUCUAUCGGAGCUCGGUUAUGGUCCCAAGCUCCUCGGGCAGUUCCCUCAGGGAAGAGUCGAGGAGUUUAUACAUGCUAGGACUCUAUCAGCUGGUGAUCUUCGUAAUCCCGAAAUAUCAGCGCUCAUAGCAGCAAAAAUGAGGGAAUUUCACAAUCUCAAUGUGGAUAGCUCGAAGAAUGUUGUAUUGUGGAACAGAUUGAGAAAUUGGCUUGGGGUGGCUAAAAGGCUGUGUUCUUCAGAUGAAGCUAAGGAAUAUAAGCUGGAAAGCUUAGAAAACGAAAUCAGCUUGUUGGAGAAUACGGUAUCAGGGAAUCACCAAGAGAUAGGCUUCUGCCACAACGAUCUGCAAUAUGGUAACAUAAUGAUCGAUGACAAGAAUUCAUCCAUCACUAUAAUAGAUUAUGAAUACUCAAGUUACAACCCUGUUGUUUACGAUAUUGCAAAUCAUUUUUGUGAGAUGGCUGCAAAUUAUCACACGGAUACUCCCCACGUCUUGGAUUACUCUAACUAUCCCGGUGAAGAGGAGCGCCACAGGUUUAUACGGCACUACCUUAACUCUGCAGCAGGUGAGGAACCGAGUGAUGCCGCAGUUGAGAAGCUAGCAGAAGAUGUCGAAAAGUAUACUCUGGCAAACCACAUUUUCUGGGGACUAUGGGGGAUAAUCUCGGCACACGUGAACCACAUUGACUUUGAUUACAAGUCGUACGCUCGUCAGAGGUUGGAGCAAUACUGGUUGAGAAAGUCGGAAUUGUUGCCGUUGUCGAACAGCAAACUAAAGAGCGUGUCCUAAGCCAUUUGUGGCAAAACAAUAUACACAUUAUAAGAGGAUUUGUCGCUAUCCGGGUUUUGGCCCUCGGUUGGCCUUGUUCUAUUCUCUCUCCCUCUCCCUCUCCCUCUCUAUGUAUGUAAAAAUGUAUAAAUAUAAUCUCGUAAGGGAUGGUUGGUGUGAAAAGUGAACUUGUGAUCGUGAGGUCAUGGGGUUUAAAUGCUAAACCCCAACCCCAACGCCUUCAGGUUUACCUGCCACACGUGGUUCGCCUAGUGUGACUUUUCUUGUCGGACCUACUUUACAAGGUAUUAGAUUCGGCCGGAAGUUUACCUAGUGAAUAUUUUUUUAUAGCAAUUACGGAUUCCCACGUCUUAGAGAUGUGUGUGUAAUUGUUUAUAAGAAAACUGUGUACUAUACAUAUUUUGUUGCAUCUUUUAUCAAGAGAGGACUGGCCUGCAUAAUAAUAUUGUUUCCAAUAAAAUUAGAAAUGAUUGUAAUGUUACUAUAGGGAUAGUAAAUAGCAAUAUUAAUCACUGUUUUAUAUUUAUGUAUUAAUGUAAUACUAUUAUAUAUAAGUGUAUGCAUGAAUUUGAGUACCGUGUGGGGUGUAUGUAAUCAUUGUGCUAGUAUGUAUUGUAUGAUAUGAAAGUGUGCUAUGGAUCUGUUG